AUGGCAAAAUCCAAUUUGGUGGGCGAAGUCCAAAAGUUGGCCAUUCCUGAUCUCCGCUUUCAACAAACUUUCCAGAAUGCUGUCAAGAAAGAGGCCAGAAGAACUAAUGAAAGGCCAGAGACCCAGAGCGACAAGCAAGGUCACCUCACAGCUUCAGUGAUAUGUAAGGUAGUUCUGAGAGAUGUCAUUAUUAUGCCUCUCGUACAAGGCAUGUUGUGGACGGGAAUAUUGAUAGCUAUGAAACCAUGGCUGCGAUUCAUGGUGCGACAGGGACAGCUAUGCGGUCAUCAACUCUACAGUUUGAUACUAGGUAAAAACCUCAUUCCCAAAAGGAAUUGA